AUGGAGGACUUUGAGAAAAUCGAUGACGACCUAGCCAAUGCUGGCUGGGCGCGUACUGCCAAGGACCUCUUUGCCGGCGCUGCAGGCGGCAUUACUCAGGUCCUGUUGGGCCAACCUUUUGAUAUCGUCAAGGUGCGGCUACAGACAACAUCACAGUACUCCAAUGCGCUUGACUGUGCGUCGAAAAUCUUCAAAAAUGAAGGUCCUUUGGCUUUCUACAAAGGCACGCUGACUCCAUUGAUUGGAAUUGGUGCUUGUGUUAGUGUUCAGUUCGGUGCUUUCCACCAGGCACGGAGAUUUUUUGAAGAGCGGAAUUCGAAAAAUUCUCCCCUGCACCCUGGUCUUUCCUACUCACAGUACUACCUCGCUGGUGCCUUUGCAGGUGUUACCAACUCGGUCAUUUCUGGACCUAUCGAGCAUGUCCGUAUCCGACUGCAGGCCCAGCCCCAUGGAGCCGGUCGGCUGUACAAUGGGCCCAUAGACUGUGUACGCAAGUUGUCUUCUCACGGCGGCGUGCUCCGCGGUCUCUACCGUGGUGAAGUGGUCACCAUCUUCCGAGAAGCGCAAGCGUACGGUGUGUGGUUUUUAACCUUUGAGUAUUUGAUGAAUCAAGACGCAAAGCGUAACAACAUCAAGCGAGAGGAUAUCUCCAGUAUCAAGGUCGCUACCUACGGAGGUCUGGCUGGCGAAGGUCUCUGGCUUUCCAGCUAUCCGCUUGAUGUGAUUAAGAGCAAAAUGCAGACCGACGGCUUCGGUGCCCAGCAAAAAUACAAGAGUAUGACCGAUUGUUUCCGGCAGACAGUCGCGGCUGAGGGAUUCGGCGCGCUUUUCAGGGGACUGGGUCCUACCCUGCUUAGGGCCAUGCCAGUGUCGGCAGGCACAUUUGCAACUGUGGAACUGGUGAUGCGGGCCAUGGGUUAA